AUGUCUUGGAUAAAGCCUUACCAGAUCUCCAUCUCCGACUCCCGCAUCCAAGAGCUCAACUCCAAGCUUGACAACGCCAGAUAUCCCAAUGAACUUGGCUCUGCAGGAUGGGACAUGGGUGUCCCUUUAUCGGACAUCCAGCGACUCACAAAAUUCUGGCGGCGUGAGUUCAGCUGGCGAAAAGCUGAGGCAAAGCUCAACGAGCUGCCUCAUUUCAUCACUCCAAUCCAGUGCGAAGGCUAUGAGUCCCUGAAGAUCCAUUUCCUACACAAGAAAAGCGCAGUCAAGGGGGCGAUCCCACUGCUUUUUGUCCAUGGCUGGCCGGGGAACUUCCUGGAGGUCACCAAAAUCAUUGAUCUCCUGUCCAGCCACACUCAGGGUCGAGUGUCAUUUCAUGUCGUCGCGCCGUCGCUGCCGAAUUUUGGAUUCUCAGAAGGCACGGAGAAGCGUGGAUUCUCGGUUGAGCAGUACGCAGAGACGUUGCAUAAGCUGAUGCUGAGGCUAGGGUAUGAUCAAUAUGUUACUCAAGGCGGCGACUGGGGUUACCAUAUUGCUCGCGCCCUCUCGGCCCUCUAUCCACAACACUGCAGAGCCACGCACUUCAACAUGGACGUAGGCACGCGACCUUCUCUCUUCACGCACCCAUGCCUUUUCAUCUCCUCCCUCUUUCACCGACUCACCCAGCGAGAGAAACAAGGUAUCUCGCGCACCGCAUGGUUCGACAGAGAAGGUUUCGGCUAUAACCUCCUUCAAUCCACGAAGCCACAGACAAUAGGCUACGCGUUGGCCGAUAGCCCUGUGGCCUUGUUGGCGUGGAUCUAUGAGAAACUGCACGACUGGACGGAUGGGUACCCUUGGACCGACGACGGAAUCUGCACCUGGCUGAGCAUCUACUACUUCAGCACCGCUGGCCCCGCAUCCUCCUGCCGCAUAUACUACGAGAUGGGCCGCUCGGGCUCCUGGGGAACCCGUCUGUCCCGAGACCAACUCAGAGCAUACCAGAGCAAUGGGGUGAAGGUCGGGAUCAGCCAUUUUCCACGUGAUAUUCACGUCCUGCGGAGCUCGUGGACGAGGACGGUCGGCGACGUCGUGUUUGAGAGGGAUCAUGAAAGGCUAGGACAUUUCGCGGCGUGGGAACGUCCCGAAGAUAUUGUGGGUGAUGUUCGAGAGAUGUUUGGACGGGGUGGCGGUGCGUAUGGGGUUGUGCAAGGGAGGAAUGGAUAUUAA